UAGAACAUUUUUCAUUUAAAUUACUUUAUUUAUUUUUUAUUAUGCCACAUAAAUGCUGUGUUGCAACAUGCAAAGGAAAUUAUAAGAAUGGCCCGAAGGUGGCUGUAUUUAGUUUUCCUACGGAAGAACAACUGAGAAAACAAUGGAUUUGGAACUGCAAACGAAAAGAUGGAUUCAAGCCUACGAAACAUUCAAAGGUGUGUGAACUUCACUUCAAGCAAGAGGAUGUUCUGAGGCAAACUGAAUUCUUUGAUGAGAAAACUGGAAAGAAGAUCAUUAUACCAUUGUCAUAUCCUCGUUUAAAGAAUGGUGCAAUUCCAAGUCUGUUUCCUGAUGGUCCGAGUCAUCUUAGUUCCAGUGUUUCAUCAAGGGAAUCACCAGAGCAUAAAAGACUCAAAAGAGAACAAGAUGCACUCGAAAAAGCCUUAGCCUGUAGCUUAGCUGAAAAGGAAGAGUAUGAACGAAAACAAAUGUUUUAUAAUUUAGAUGAACUAAAAAUUUGUUUUAAUACUGUGAAUUUACCAGAUAACUGGAUAGUUAUACACAGGCCUAUACAUACUAUGAUUCUUAAUAUUUCUAAUGACAAUCAUCCAAGAAUUCUAAAAUCAUUAUUUAUUGAUUGUAAUUUGAAUAUAUCUGUAGCAAUUAGAAAUAUACCUAUUAAAUCACUGAAGCAAUAUGUAAUCCCAUCAAAAAUUAACAACCUUAAAGAUCUUUUAAGUAUUUUAGAGAAAUUAGACCUAUUUGCCUCAAAUGAUUCAUCUGAAGACAGUAUUCAAAAUUAUUUACAAAUUGUAAAUGAAUUAAUGACAAUUUUAAAAGAGAAAAUUCCACAUAAAAACAAUGAAAUAAAUUUUCUCGUUGAGCAACUAUCAAACUUGAAUUCAGAAAAACAACAAUAUAGGUAUUCUGCAGACUUUCUAAUAUUUUCCACUUUACUUCACACAAUUUCACCACAUGCAUAUAAUUUUAUUCGAAAUUCAGAAAAUAUUAUUAUGCCUCAUCCACGGACCAUUCAGAAAAUUUUUUCAGAUUUUAAUAUAUAUCCAAUAAAUGAACAAUACAACCAAAAGUUCCUAAGCUACAUAAAAUUUAAAUUUCAAGAACUAUCAGAAAAAGAUCUGCUUGUUAUUUUAAUGAUUGAUGAAAUUCAUCUAAAUCAAGCAUUUGAUUAUAAAGGUGGUAAUUUGUGUGGAAUGGCAUAUAAUUGCAAAAAUGCUGCAUCUAGUGCAUAUGUUUUCAUGAUUCGCAGCCUAUUAUCUGUUUAUAAGGAUGUUGUACAUAUUUUGCCGGUGAAAACACUUAGUGCGGAUAAUUUGUAUAUUUAUAUUAAAAAAAUUGUUGUGGGAUUAGAAAAUAUUGGGUUUAAAAUUAUUGCUAUUGUCACUGACAAUAAUUCGAUUAAUAAAAAGGCUAUGUCUCUGUUUUCCGAACCACCUAAAGUUAGUAUUGUUUAUCAAAACCCUGUUGACAAAUCUAGGCCAAUGUUUUUUAUUAUUGAUACAGUGCAUAUUUUAAAAUGCAUUAGAAAUAACUGGAUAAAUCAAAAAAAUAAUAAUCAGAGUAUGUUUUUCCCAAGUUUUGAUGAUGCUUCACAUAUUGAAACUGCAUCUUUUUCUUGUAUUAAAAAAUUACAUGAAUCUGAAACUGGUAAGUUAUUAAAGUAUGCUUAUGGUCUGACAAUAAAAGCUCUAUAUCCAACUAACUUAGAAAAACAAAGUGUAAAGCUUGCAUUGCAGAUUUUUAAUGAUAAUGUUGUUGAAGCAUUAUUUUCUUUUGGGCAGCAGAAAGAAAUAAUAAAUUUCCAAGAAACUGGAAACUUUAUUAAAAUAAUAAACACAUGGUGGUCAAUUGUAAAUGUGAAAUCUAUUUUUAAAGGGGUUCAUAAAAAUAAUGUAUUUGAAACACCUUUCACUGUGGCAGAAAAUGAUGAAAAAUAUGUUUUUAUGAAUAACUUUUUGAAUUGGCUAGAUAGUUGGAAAAAUUUGAAUUUAACCUCUGGUUGCCUAACCAAAGAAACUCACUUUGCAGUAUACCAUACAACGUAUGCUUUAAUUGAGAUAUCAAGGUAUUGUAUAAAUGAGUUGGGUUUUAAAUACCUUUUACUUGGAAAAAUACAAACAGAUAUGUUAGAGGCUAGAUUUGGUAAGUACAGGCAACUGGCUGGAGCUCACCAUAAUAUUUCUAUCAGACAGGUUUAUGAAAUAGAGGGUAAAUUAAGACUUCAGAGUACAUUACCAACCCUAAUAAAUUCUUCAAAAUUUGGAAAUAUUCCUCUUCAUGUAUCUGAUUUUAAAGACACUGAAGAACAAACUUUUGAUGACACUGAUGUACAAACAUUCAUAGAUGAAAUAACAGUUGAAGAUAGUGAUAUACACGACAUAAAAUUGGAUGUACCUAUUUUGACUUAUAUAGCUGGAUAUUGCUGUUAUAGUAUGCUAAAAAAGUUAAAAUGUGAU